AAAUCUACCUAAGUCACGGACCUGAAUAAAAUCACAGCCCAACCAAUCCAGGAUGUCCUCGAUGAAUUACGGCUACGGACACCCUCAUGUAUCUACCCUGAUUUAGCGAAGCGAAGAUAAUACGUGUGACUGUCGGGUACUCUGACAUGGACAGGCGGGACACUGUUUGACCAUGGAUCUCUUUUACCGGGUGCUGCUACUUCCGGUCAUUUUGAAGGUUGUCAUGGGGACAGGGUAUGACUGUAACGACACCGACCUCCACAUCAACGCCACAGCGGACCCACAAGUCAUCAGGUCACUUGACUUCCCACUAGACUACGCCAAUAACAUAUCAUGCAAGGUUCACAUCAAAGCUCCAACCGAUGGUCACGUGCUGCACGUGGAGAUCGUGUACAUGCAGCUGAAUAACUGGAACAGCACCUGCGGGGACCGUCUCAUUGCUUACGACGGCAACACCAGUGACGUCAGUGAGCUACACAGGUGGUGCGGAUCUGACAAGAUGGCUACGGCCACUUCCGGUGAUAGCCUCUUUCUGGUAUUCGAAACAGACGAUUUCCUGACCGACUCGGGCUUCAUGCUGCGAUUCUGGCAAGACGUUCCCACGACAUGCAGCCCUGGCAGUAGCAGAAACCUCACUAUAACGGACACCCCAGUCCUGCUGACAUUCCCCGGCCGCACCGUACAGACUGAACAGGUGGGGUGCGUGUACCACCUGCAGACCACGGACACCCAUCGCAUCUCACUCACCAUGCAGCACUGGGGGAACACGUCGCCGUCGCCGUCGCCGUCGCCGUCGCCGACGCCUGAGGGUUGCAAGUAUAUCCACCUGCAGAUAUAUGAAGGUUCACCGUCAGCCUCCCAACCCACCAUCUCCUGGUGCCUCUCGAACCCGCCCUUCUCACGUGUCUCAUCUUCCGGCGGGAGUCUCACCAUCGACUUAACUGACACGACACCUAAUACGACAUCACCUUCCCAGCUCUGCAACUUCACCCUCAUAGCAACCAGCGUGUUCGGCGAUGACGGUGUCGGUGUCGUAGAGGUGAGGACCUCCCCAUCCUACGUAUGGUUUUCUUUCCAGAUCCAAGGACUGAUGAAGUUCGUCUCGCGAGACAUCACGAAAACAGUGAGACUUGACGUGAUCAAUGCCAGCUGUACGCCAGACUGCUUCAAUGUCACUCAAGGGACCCCUGAUGGUAAACAACUGAUGGGGAUGGAUGCUGAUAACACAACGGUAUAUCGCAGCACGGGGCCAGUCAUCUACAUCAACAACCUCACAGACCAAUCAGAAGACAAACUUCUUCUUCGCGUGACGUCACUAGAGCGGGCGUGUAACGGCGGCGUGAUGAUGGUGAAGGCCUCUGAUAACGAAGCCCUAACGUCAGUGCUUGACAUGGCCGCUUGUAAAUAUAACGGCUACUUCAUCUACAACAUCACGACAGACCACCUUGACCACAUCGUCCAUCUGAAGUUGACCCGCAACCUCUUCAACACCACGUCUUCAGACAAGGAGUGUAAACACAGCUACAUCCAUAUAUUUGACGGUGACCCCGGCUCGCGUUUGUUACUGAGGUGGUGCUGGAAAAGUCAUUCCACGGUCACUGUCAGGGGAGACAAGAGUUAUCUCACCUUUGUGGUGGCGACAUCUUACGGCGAUUACCCUGGUCCUUUAACAGUGACACAUUUUUCUUUAAGAAAAAUGUCUAUGUGCAAACCGGGCCUGGUCGAUCUGAAAGCAUCAGCGGAUAUAACGAAAUACCUUCACUCGCCCAACUUCCCGGGCCCCUACGCUGUCAACAACGACUGCACCUGGAGGAUCUCGGCCCCGAGAAUCAACUACGUGGUCAUUGUGAACGUGGUCAAGUCCGACCUCCCCGACGACUGCAGUGACUUGGUGUACGUCAUCUACGGGCUCUAUCCCACGGACAAGGCAUCUGGUCGUUUGUGUGGACAGGACAGGGGUAAUUUCAGGAGCGUCGGGCCUUUCCUCGUGCUCCGAUUCACCAGCAAUUCGCUCGGCAACAGAUCUGGCUUCAAGAUCACUUACACCACAGAACACAGGACGGGCGGCCAGCGGACCGAGGGUGGUCCGCCGGUGGGGAUUAUAGCAGGUGCGUGCAUCGCGAUCUUUGUCGUCGCCGGUGUCAUCUACGUCUGCAUAAACGAACAACGUAAGCGUCACAAGAUGGCGAGACAAGAGAUAGAAGGCGGGACGUAUUAACGUCAUGUUGAAACAUCCAACGCUCUACUAACAUCAUCCACACGGGCCACCAUUCUGAAACUGUUCAGCCCUGAAUAUACUUUGAUGUGAAUGUGGGUCGUUUCUAUGUUUGUCAGCACCAUAUCCCCGCCCGAGGGUAAUCGUUUAAGGCCUGAACCACUCCGGGCUUUUUUACCAUAUCCGGCUUUUUUAACCACAUCCGGCUUUUUUACGACAUCAACCUGACAAGCCAUGGUUUGACACAAAUGCUUUUCAAAGUAGCGUUAAAACUAAUCCACUCGCUCGCUUCCUCCCUUACUAACGUACGUACAUGUCGUAAUAGCCUAUUGGUUGAUUACUGCAAAGACUCGUUAGAAAAUAUCAGGUGGCACGGGUGGCCCAGUCAUCUAAGGCGCCGCGAUUCGCUGUGCAGAGUUGCGUCCCUUGGGCACGCCAGAAACCUAUGAUUGUGGGUUCGAAUCCCGGUUCGCCCAAAUUAUGUUUCUA